GAGACCAUUGAUCUACUAGAGAUCUACACGGAAGAUGAAGACAGUAAGUAUGGAGAUGUUAGCGACGGGUCAAUGGCUUUCUGGGCCGACCCCUCUCCUCUGAGAAAGGGCUUGAUUCAUCAGGAGGGUAUGAACCCGUUCCUUGUUUUCGGACCGCCCGUACCUCUCGACAUGGAGCAAGUGUUCGGGAAGAGCAAGAGCCAGCUCCCUAACUUCCAUCGGAGGACAUCGAGCGCCGACUGGACCAGCGCAGACAGACUAACAGACGGGGAAAUGUAG